AUGCCCAAGGCCGUGAGAUUCAGCAAUCAGAUCAGGGUGAUUUUGGUGGCAUCUCGCCUCGAGCUUUCGUCCGUGAAGACUGACAUUUGGUGGGGGGAGAGGGACUACUGCGACUUCAGGCGUGCGUACUUUAAAGCAGCGCGUGAGGAAAAGGAGAACGACCGUGAGGUAACGUCCCAGAGUAGGGCUGGGCAAGGAACGCCUGGUCGAGACGAGUUCGACCGACCCGGCUCCUCCCCUGUUGCGACGUCUCCAACGACCGCGACAAGCGCUGGCCACCCGAGCAGUCGCAACGGCUCCGCGGCGGCAGCGCAUGAUGUUGACGACGACCUGCCGUCGAAACCUUCGUGCGGCAGUAGAGAUGGCGGUGGCUACGACAGCGACUACGACGAUAGGGGUGGCUGCUCGCGGGCUUCGCAAGCUGUGCUGCCGCGCCCCCCGCCUCCUUCCCCCGAACACCAGACCCGUGAGCCUCACGCGGAGCUCGACGACGCCGGUGUGCGUGUCGGCGUGAAACGUCUCUCGGGGCUGUUGGACGACCAGCGUGUUGCUGCGGCAGGGGAGUGGGAAAGAGAAAAAGACGGAGGCGGCAUGACCCCCCCUCAUGACGUAGGCGAGCAGGCUGGAGUCUCCGCAGCCAUCACUUCGAGCGCGGUGGAGACGGUGGUUGUGGCAGAGUCGACCGCCAUAGUUCAUGCCGACGUCGCCGUUCCUCAGCAACGAAAACAAGCGGCAUCCCCGGAAAGACGUGCGCGGCCGGUGCCGGCGAAAGCCGCCGAGGUCACCGCAGAAGGCAUCGGACGGGUAGGUACUUCGCCCGAUAUCACUUCCGUCGCGCGUGGGUUUCCUUGGCGAGGGGCGGGGCCGCUGGGGGAUGCGGCCAUGAGGUCCCCGGGGAGCUCUGCCGUGGGGCCGGCGAGGGCGAAGGCGUUGGCCUGCCCCUGCGCUGCCGCCGAGAUGCGGCGGGAAAUGAGGCGGGAAACGCAGAUGCCGAUUCUCGAAACGGGGAGGGAUCCCCGGAUCGAUCCGCAGACCGGCGCGAGGGUGUCGCUCCCGUUCCUCGGAAGCGCGCGCAUCCGGAGGGUGGCCUCUUUCUAAGGUGGCUGUCAACACUCUCGCUUGGGUUCUGCCCUAAGGGGGGGCUGAACGACAAGCGGUUCGGAAUCCCCGAAGGGUUGACCUACGUUUAGGUGGUUCGUAUGUGUUGGGUUUCGAGGUACUAUGAGGGAAAAACGAGUAAUUAGUGGUGGGAUUUUCGUGUGUAUCCUGGUGAGAAUUUACUGGCAUGGUAUUCUGUGCUGGACGCGCUUUGUACGGCAUUUUUGGGUCUAUAUGGGCUGCAUGCUGUCUGUCACCACGGCCACAAACUGCCGACUGAAAUAUUUAGCCAUGGUAUCCUACUAAGUCGUAGCCAUUGUCAUUUUGUGUUUCCCACCCCACGGGAGGGUAUAUGGGGGGAAAGGGGGGACUUUUUGUGGCGUUAUCUUGUCGGGGGGUUGACAAGUAAAAUAUGCUGGACACGCAUGGAUAAGGCCUUUGGUGACCUUGUCAAUUUUGGGGCCAUGUGCUGUAUUCAGAGUCGCGGCAAACGGGGGCUUCUCUGGCAACACCGUGUUCCGUUUGAUCGCGGGCAUCAUGGGGUGUGUGGGUUAAUCAGAGUGGCGGCUGACUGGAAGAAUCUGACGAGCAUCGAAAAGGCAAUUGGUCAUCUUGUUCGAAAGUUUUGCACUGUACUUAAAGGGCCUCGGGAGCGUGCCUGCGGUCAACGUGUCAAGAGGAGGGCGUUUUGGGGACCACCGGCCCACACUGGCUGGGAACUCUAGACAAACAUCGGCAAGGGUCUGCCGUGUUGUCAUCAUUUUUGCGGGGGCGUUAAAACACAAGCAAGCCCAUAGUAUGUACCUGCGCGUGUAGCCUUGUUUGUCCAACAACCUGGUGCACAAGAUCGAUUCGUUGUAUGCUUGUGUCAUGGGAUCGUUGAUGAUUUAUGGAAUUCGUUUGUGUUGUAGUUUGACAAGAUGCCGGGUAACGGGAGAAGAGCAAACUGGGUGUAUUUGGUUUGGUGGAUUUGGUCGAUGGUAUAUGGUAUGGUGCUGUGUCUCGUGUUGUGCUACGACGCCGCUGCUGUUUCUCGGAAGCCGCGCUCUCAUGAACCUGUCAAUUGCACGUUGAGCUCUUCUCAUCGCGCCUGCCGUAAGCCGAGCUUGCCUAUAAUUGUCGUGUACGUCCGGUAGGAUUCCCACGGUUUGUGUGUAUCCUUCUUAGUCUGAUCGACGUUCGUGAAGAAAACAAGUAGUGCGAGCUUGCCGUUUUGCGGUGGAGGCGCAGGGUGGCCAGAGGAGGGGAGCACGGGAAAGGUAGGCCAAGCACAAGCACGCGCUUAAGGGAGCUCGUAGUAGGGAGUUCGUAUCGCAGGCUUUCGGUUUCUUGUCGGGGGGGCGGGGCAGAGUGCUCGACAGUGCCCCCACGCCAUAACUCUAACUCGUACGUUGUGCGAUCUCGGACUUGGGCACACCGGCCAGAGCGAAUAACAUCUGGGGGAGGGGGGGGCAGUGCCGCGUGCACAACUGGCAGGGUUGGACGUUUUUCCAGGUUCAAGGGUGUUGGGGACGUAAGGAACUCUGCCCACGAGCUACGACGGCAGCACUUUCUGGGGGAGGUCAUUAACGGGUUUGUAGAUUGGAUGUCGGUGCCGGGGACGGGUGCCUGCCACAACAUCUUUUGGGGCAUUCUAUGCAUGUUUCGGUCUGGUUCUGGAUGGGAAACUAGCUGCUGCUGCUGCUGCUGCUGCUGCUUGGUGGAAACAAUCCCUUUUUGAGAGGAGAUUUGUUAUUCUAUCUUGUGUGGGAUACGGUUGGCAAUCGUUGUUGCUUGGUGUAAGUCAUCGAAUUAAGCCUCGACGUGAGUUUAAUGCCACUCCGCUCCAAUUUAUGUCGAUAUUCCCCAUCAGGAUGUUGGGGGCAAAUCAGACUUAACGUGUUUUUUGCAGGCGUAGCAGCACCAUAAAAAUGUGGUAAAUAGGUGGAACCCAAGGUGUUUUUCUGUUUCUCAGUACAAUUGCGUUGGCGUUUUUUUAGUUGUUGGUGUCAUUUAUGACUUAUGGUAUCUACGUAGUUGCACGGGGGGGGGGGGGGGCUGUUGGUGGCAUUGUUGUCACGGGCUCGCAUGCGUUCAAGGAAAAACUAGUUGUUUGUGGAAUUUUUCAUCUUCACAUCCACUUGCUGCUGUCGCAUGGAGUUUCUCAAAGUUUUCGUCGCCAUUCGGGUCUGUACAGUAGUAAAUUGGUGGGAUUGUUUUUCUGAUGGGCUGUAAGCAGCGGUUCAGUGUGAACGCGUGAUGGGAGAUAAAAAAACUCGAAGCUCUAAGAGCAUACUUGUAGGAAUAACUCGUUUUGCGAAAAAGAAAUUGCGUACAUAGUAGUCGGUCCCUCACGUAUUAUUAUCUUGAUUUUUCUUGUGUGCACCCUUUGUGGGUGAGUCAUGACAGACUAUGGAAGGCGUCCACAUCAGUGGGACCAGUACGGAUGUAACGGUGUGUAGCAGUUGACGGAGCAGUUGUUGCAUACAUACAUACAUGUGAAGACAAAAA